AUGUCACAGGAGAUCUCCCUUGGCCAGAGGAAGAUGUCUGAUCUUGAGUUGGUGCUGCAGCAGAAGGAUAUAGAGUUGAAGGCCUCAGAGACCCAGAGGACCAUCCUGGAACAGGACCUGGCAACCUACAUCACAGAAUGCAGUAGUCUAAAGCGCAGUUUGGAACAGGCUAGAAUGGAGGUGUCACAGGAGGACGACAAAGCGCUGCAGCUCCUGCAUGACAUCCGGGAGCAGAGCAACAAGCUUCAAGAAAUCAAAGAGCAGGAAUAUCAUGCCCAGUUGGAGGAGAUGCGAGUGUCCAUAAGACAACUGGAGGAGGACCUGUCUGCCGCCCGUCGCCGUAGCGACCUGUAUGAGUCUGAGCUGAAAGAGUCUCGGCAGACCAACGAGGAACUAAAGAGAAAGUCUACCGACUACCAGCAUAGGAUGCAAAAGGUCAAAGAGCAAGGCAAAGCAGAUGCAGACGAGCUGAUCACCAAGUUGGAGAAGACUAGUACUGAGCAGCAGACCAGGAUCCAGGAUCUUCAAGAGAAACUUGCCAAGUCGUUAAAGGCCAGUGCUGAGGCUACAGAUCUCCUUCAGAAUAUGAGAGUGGCCAAAGAGCGCAUGGAGCGAGAUCUGGAGAGGCUACACAACAAGGAAGACUCCAGUGACAGCCUGCGUAGACGCCUCCGUGAGACUGAGGAUGGUAGGAAGACUCUGGAGAACCAGGUGAAAAGGCUGGAGAUUGUGGAGCGCCGGGAGACUAAACUGAAGGACGAGCUCCAGAGCAAGGCCGGGCAGAUUCAGCAGAUGGCAGAUAAGAUUCUGGCGCUGGAGGAGAAUUUGCGAGAGACCCAAACCACAUCCCAGAGGUUGGAGACUCAUCUGAAGCAGAAGGAGAAGCUCUAUGAAGACAAGAUAAAGGUGUUGGAGGCCCAGAUGAAGGCAGACAUGGCUGAUAAGGAGAUGCUGGAGUCCAGUCAGAGCAAAUAUGAGGAGGAGGUGCGGGAGAAGUGCAGCAUCAUCAGCGAACAGAAGGCGACCAUAAAUGCUAUGGAGUCUAAGAUGAACAGCCUGGAGCAGAGAAUUGCUGAGCUGUCUGAGGCCAACAAAAUGGCAGCCAACAGCAGUAUCUACACCCAGAAAAACAUGAAAGCCCAGGAGGAGAUGAUCUCAGAGCUUCGCCAGCAGAAGUUCUACUUGGAGUCUCAGGCUGGGAAGUUGGAGGCCCAGAAUGCCAAACUGGAGGAGCAUCUAGAGAAAAUAAGUCAGCAGGAGCAAAGCAAUAAGAGCCGCGUGCUGGAGCAGGAAACAAGGCUCCGAGAGAUCGGUCUGGAGCAUGAGGAGCAGAAGCUGGAGAUUAAGCGUCAGGUGACAGAUCUGACUCUGACGCUGCAGGAGCGCGAGUCCCAGAUCAGCAAUCUGCAGGCAGCUCGCCAUGCUCUGGAGAACCAACUACAGCACUCCAAGACCGAGCUGGAAGAGACCACUGCAGAGGCUGAGGAGGAGAUCACUGUGCUCAGAGCACACAGAGAUGAGAUACAACGCAAGUUUGAUGUCUUGAGAGACAGCUGUGCGGUGAUCACAGAUCUGGAGGAGCAGCUGACCACACUGACUCAGGAGAACAGUGAACUGAACCGCCAGAACUUCUACCUGUCCAAGCAGCUGGAUGAGGCCUCUGACGAGAGAGAAGACCGGCUGCAACUCAGCCAGGAUGUGGACCGCCUGCGUCGGGAGGUGGCCGACCGUGAAAUGCACCUUAACAACCAGAAACAGAACCUGGAGACACUGAAGACCACAUGCACCAUGCUGGAGGAGCAGGUUCUGGAACUGGAGACCCUGAACGACGAGCUGCUGGAGAAGGAGAGACAGUGGGACGCCUGGAGGGCAACACUGGAGGAUGAGAAGAACCAGGCUGAGAGGAGGACCAGGGAAAUCCAGAGGAUGCUGGAUACAGAGAAACAGAACAGGCAUCGUUCAGAGCAGCGCAGCUCUGAGUCUCGCCAAGCUGUGGAGCAGGCAGUUAAGGAGCACAAAGCUGAGAUCCUGGCCCUGCAGCAGGCCCUCAAAGACCAGAAACUCAAAACUGAGAGCCUUGCCGACACUUUGAAUGAUCUGGAGAAGAAGCAUGCCGUGCUGGAGAUGAACGCCCACAGUUUGCAGCAAAAGCUGGAGAGCGAGAGGGAUCUGAAGCAGAGGCUGCUGGAGGAGCAAGAGAAACUGCAGCAGCAGAUGGAUGCCCAGAAGACCCACAUCUUCCGCCUGACCCAGGGGCUGCAGGACGCUCUGGACCAGACUGACCUGCUGAAGACUGAAAGGACUGACCUGGAAUACCAGCUGGAGAACAUCCAGGCUGUGUACUCCCAUGAGAAGGUGAAAAUGGAGGGUACCAUCACCCAGCAGACCAAGCUCAUAGACUUCCUCCAGGCCCAAGCACAUGGUGGCUCCAAAAAGAAAAAGGGUCUGUUUGGGCGUCGUCGAGAGGACCUGUUGGCUGCCAUGGCUGCCCAGGCCCAGCCGGUGCCUCUGCAGUACAGCGACAUGAAGAUAGCUCUGGACAAAGAGCGCAAUCGCUGCUCUGAGCUGGAAGAUGCCUUGCAGAAAAUGAGAGCGGAGCUGCGAUCUCUGAGAGAGGAAGCGCUCCAGUAUAAGGAUCAUGGUAACUCUGCAAACCCGGCCGCAGGACGGCAGCAGAUGAUUAUGUCUGCCAUGGUGAAGUCUCCUGAGCACCAGCAGGGCCCGACCAACCUGGCAACCUCCAACUCAGAACGCAGGAAGGCGACUGCAACACCUGAGGAGUUUAGCCGCCGUUUGAAGGACAGUCAGAGAGACAGAGAGAGGGAGAGAGAGAGGGUGGUGCACCACAACACCCCUCACCGCUUCACAGUGGGACUCAACAUGAGAGCUGCCAAGUGUACCGUGUGCCUGGAUACUGUGCACUUUGGUCGCCAGGCUGCUACCUGUCUUGAAUGUCACGCUUUGUGCCACCCAAAAUGCUCCCCCUCCCUCCCAGCCACAUGUGGCAUGUCCAGCGACUGCUCCCUGCAUUUGUCUGAGGGCCUGUGUCGGGACAAAGGCAGCGCCCAAGGCCAACAGCUCAAAGAGGCCAGCGGACACAUGCACCUAGAGGGCUGGAUGAAACAGCCUAGGAAUGGGAAGCGAGGCCAGGGCUGGGAGAGAAAAUAUAUGGUCCUGGAUGGGACUAAAGUGUCCAUCUACGAGAUAGAGCCCAGAGAAGAUUCAGUGAAGCCACUGGAAGAGUUUGACCUGUGUAUGUCAGAUGGAGAGGUGGUUGUUCAUGGAGCAGUGGGGGCAUCUGAGCUACCCAACACAGCCAAGUCAGAUAUUCCCUACGUCCUGAAGCUGGAGUCCCGCUGUCACACCCCAUGCUGGCCUGGACAGUCAAUUUGCUUCAUGGCUCCCAGUUUCCCAGACAAACAGCGAUGGGUGGCUGUCAUGGAGUCCGUGGUGGCCGGGGCGCGAGCCUCGCGGGAGAAGGCCGAGGCCGACGCAAAGCUGCUCGGAAACUCUCUCCUAAAGCUGGAGGGAGACGAUAGGCUGGAUAUUAACUGUACCCUCCCCCUCACAGAUCAGAUAGUUCUGGUGGGCUCUGAAGAGGGUCUGUAUGCCCUGAAUGUUAUCAAGAACUCUCUGACUCACAUCCCUGGCCUGGGAUCAGUCUUUCAGAUCCACAUCAUCAAAGAGCAGGAGAAACUGCUGAUGAUUGUUGGGGACGAGAGAGCGUUGUGUCUGGUGGAGAUUAAGAGAGUGAAGCAGUCCCUGGCCCAGUCCCACCUGCCCAGCCAGUCCGAACUGGCUCCCUACAUCUUUGAGACGGUGAAGGGCUGCCAUCUGUUUGCUGCUGGGAGAAUAGACAACGGACCGUGUAUAUGUGCUGCUAUGCCUAACAAGAUAACCAUUCUGCGCUACAAUGACAAUCUAAACAAGUACUGCAUUCGUAAGGAGAUUGAAACUCUGGAGCCCUGCAGCUGCAUCCACCUGACCAGUUACAGCAUCAUCAUCGGCACCAACAAGUUCUACGAGAUUGAGAUGAAGCAGUUUGUGCUCGAGGAGUUCCUGGACAAGAACGACGUGUCACUAGCCUCAGCAGUGUUUGCAGCCUCGUCCCACAGUUUCCCCAUCGCCAUCAUGCAGGUGGCCAGCAGCAUGCAGAAGGAGGAAUACCUGCUGUGUUUUCACGAGUUUGGAGUGUUUGUGGACACAUACGGGCGAAGAAGUCGCACUGAGGAAAUUAAGUGGAGCCGUCUGCCUCUGUCCUUUGCCUACAGAGAGCCCUACCUGUUUGUCACCUACUUCAACUCUCUGGACGUCAUCGAGGUGCAGGGACACGCUGCUCUGGGUCCUACCGUGCUGGCUCACCUGGACAUCCCCAACCCUCGCUACCUGGGCCCAGCCAUCUCCUCCGGGGCCAUCUACCUGGCCUCCUCCUACCAGAACAAACUGCGGGUCAUCUGCUGUAAGGGAAGUCUGAUCAGAGAGUCUGGAGAGCUGCAGAGGACCGGCUCCAGCAGAGGUCCCAGUAAGCGAGGCCCCCCCACCUACACAGAGCACAUCUCCAAGCGUUUGACCUCGGGCCCCGGCAGCCACGACGGCCUGCAUCGGGAGCCCAGCACUCCCCAUCGCUACCGGGAGGGCCGCACUGAGUUCAGACGGGACAAGUCUCCCGCCCGGCCGCUGGACAGGGAGAAGUCGCCCGGCAGAGUGCUCGACAGUCGCAGGGAGAGGUCACCUGGGAGAUUCGGAGACAGCACCCGACUCCAUGCGGGGUCUGUCCGAACACAGCUCGCCCCUGUUAACAAGGUGUGGGAUCAGUCGUCGGUGUGAAUCCAGUUCCGCGCUGCUCCUGACUGGAUGGUCGAAGAGAAACUAUGGGGAAACCAUCGAUCCACUCUUGAGUGCAAGCACACACACAUGCACACAAACACAUCGCUCAGGCUGAACGUCAGCCCCCAUUGCCUGUACAUAGUGCUCAGUGCAUCAGUUCCUCGUUCGACAACACGUACACCUGCACUGGGAGACGUCUCCUGCGACAAUCCUCUCUUUUCUGACACGUGCUUUCAUGGGAGAAAUCCCGCGGUAGAUUUGGUGGCAGGGAACCUACGCUGAUCUACAGGGUCAAGAGAGUCUACUUUAUGAUACGUAAAGUUGUAAAUAUAUUGCCGUCUGAGUUUUUAUAGAUAAAGGGAAUAGUCGGCUGGAAAGCCACGUCUAUUUUUUUUAAAAAGAGUUUCUAAAAGACGUUGCAGGGAGAUUACUGAUGUCGUUAGUUACGAAAUUCAAAAUCUCAACAUUUCAUUAGAAUCCAAAGUUAUCAUUUUAGUUGUUUUUUUUCUCUGUUCAGAGAAUCAAACCAACAUUUAAUUGCGCACAUAAAUCCUGAUGAGGAAGAGGUCACUUUGCAGGAGGCAACACUUUGCACAUGAGAUUGGAUAUGAACAGGAGUUAAAAAGCUCGUUCUUGUUACAUGACCAGUCGUCUUUCUUUGGAUCAAAAUGUACAGUCCUCUUGACUCAAUAGCCUUUGAAAUAUAAUUACAUUUGAAUGCUUUAUUGACAGUCGUCAUCCGGCCAUACUUUGUAAAAACAAUUAGUAAGCAAUGUUUUUGCUCCAAGUGUUCCUUGUGUUGUUUAUAGCAAACCUAAGAUCAAGAAGCACGCAGCUCUGCCUCUGAUUGGCCGACGCUGCCUCAGCUUGCUCUUAGCCCGCCGCUGCUGCUGCUGCUGCUGCUGCUGCUAGUUCUGGUACAGAUGUCCUGUUCCUGUGCAGUGAUAUGAAGUCUAGUAUUCGUCAGGGGUUGUCACUUCCUAGUAUUGUUUCUUUAGAGCCAGUAAGAACACCUCCAUUCGUCACAUCAGUGAGCAUGACUAACUUAGAGCAGCACUUGUGGCUUUUUUUUUUCGAUCUUGAUUCUCUCUCUUGGUUGUUCUUUUCUGUCAAGUAUUCACUUGAAUUUGCAUUCAGUAAGUAGACGUUGAUGUUAGACAGUAACUUAAAGAUUUUCUUGAUUUUUAGAGAUGUAUACCAGUACAUGCAUUAAACAUGAUUAAAGUGU